AUGGUUCAAUUUAAGAAGGGGUACGAUGAGGAUGAGACUAAGAAACAAAAGCUAGAAUUGGCGAAGAAAAUGCAGGAAGCUCUGGAAAACACGUAUUCUGAGGUUGUUGCACAGAGCCAAGAGCCCCUGACUAGAGAGCAGAAUUAUAAUGUGAGCCAUCUAGUUUGUGGACUUCCUAAAAAAGGGAGGACCAGGUGGAUGGGAGUUGGAGCUCAGAGGGUGUCUACACAAUUCCAGCCUCCGCCGAUUUCCACACCCUCGACUAUGCCAUCGGGGCCCUCUUACAUGCCGCAGGAGGAUUGCACUCAGCAGGCGAUGCAGCUUGUUUCCUCUGUGAUGAGUAUGUUAGAUGGCCAAAUUCCCGAGGAGAUGUGGGAGGAUAUUCAAGAGGAGCUUAUGCAAGUGAUCCAGCCUACUGCUACUUUUGCGAUGGUUUCUAGGCAAAUAAUGAAAUCUUGUAGAAGGCGGGUUCCUACUCGGGUGCAAAGCCAGAUUAUGAACUUCUUGGCCAAUCAAAAGGCAUUUACUGGUAAUGGAGAGAGUAGCAGACAGAUUGAAGAUGAUACUAUUGGGAGCACGAGUCGUAGGGAUGGAUCCGCCAGUGCCAACGCGGACGAUGACAUGGAUAGGGCGGAUGACCUAUCUUAG